AUGCGCGAACAUGUUUUGAUUAUUGUUUUAAUAAUUUCUUGUUGCUAGGCUGGAAAUAUUUGUAGCUUAUACCCAUUUAACCCUAUAUAAUGCAUUCAAUAAACCUUAGAUUCAUUUUGUAAAUUAAGUCUUUAAUCAAGGUUAAUAUAAUUAUUUAGAAACAAAAUGCAUUGAAUUCUAUUAAACUGAUUAUGGAUGUAUUAACAAUUUGAACAGAAAAGCUUGCAUUGCACAAUAAAUAGAUAAAUAAAAUAAUGAAGUUAGAUGUAUAAUUUUAAAAAUAUAGCUUAGGUUUAUUUUAAAAUAAAUGUAUGUAAACAACAAACUUACAUUUAAUGACUUUAGGAUGUAAUCCUAAUUUCUCUAAAUUCUCAUGUCUUAAUGUUAUUAAUUAAGAUUGUAUAUGGUAAGGAGAAUGUAAGUAAUAUGAAACCCAAAAUUAUGACUAAAACAUUGAGGAGGCCAGCUGUGAAUCAUAUUAUAAUUAACCUGUAACUCCUUAAAUGUGUGCAAAAAUAUAAAAAUUAAGAUGUAAAUUAAAAAAUAAACUAGGUUUUCAUGGAGGAAUAAAAUAUGAUUAUAAAUGUAUAACAUUAUUAGAAGAACAACUUUCAGAAAUUAAAUGCUCUCAAAAAGGCUUAAAUAAAAGUGGAUGCCUUUCUAUCACCACUAAGGAUUAAAAUUGUAAUCAUAAAUAUUUAUUUUAGGUAUUUUUAAAGAUAAUCAGUGUUAAUUUAUAGAUAUAUAUUAAUUAGAUUCUUGUGAUUAUAUUAUAAAUAAGCAAACUUGUUUAUCUUCUAAAAUAAAUAAAUUAUAAUGUGAAUGGACUAUUGAAGGUUGUAGAAUAUUUUAAAAUAAAAAUUAUCAAUGCAAUUAAAUAACUGAUGUUAAUUAUUUUGUAUGUGAAAACUAUGAUGGUAUAUGUUCAUAUAAUAUUGAAACUUAAAGUUGUUAAGAUUUAACUCCAUCAUAAUUAAAUAAUCUAUCUUGUUCUACAAUAGGAUUAAGUAGAUAAGCAUGUUUAUUAAUAAAAAAUAAUAAUUGCACUUUUUAUAGAGGCUUUUGUGAGAGUUUAUCAGAAGAAGAUUUAAAGAUAUUUAAUUGUGAUAUGUUAUUAAAUGAAGAUGCUUGUACUAAUAUAAAAACAUAAUUUUAAUAUUGUUAAUGGAAUGGUAUGUAAUGUGAAAGAGUAUUUGUAAAUUAAUCUUUGACUUGUGAUGUUAACAAUAAUAAGAAUUUUAAAUAUAAUGGACUCUUUUGUCAAAAUAUAUCAAAUAAAGAAGCAGCUUGUAAAUAUGAUAAUAUUUUGAAACAAUGUGUUCCAAGUUCUCCAGAUGACUUUUGUGAUACAUCUUAUCUAAAUUUUCUAGGUUGUUUAAAUAUAAAAAGAUAUAAUUAGACAUGUUAAUGGACAAUCAAUGGAUGCAGAUUUAUUCAAAUUUUGCCAUUCUAAACAACUUGUGAAAGCUUAGGCCAUGCCAAUCCUAAUGCCUGUUCUCAAGUAAUAGAAAGCCUGUAAGAAGGUUGUUAUUAUGAAAAAAUAUAUCAAAAAUGUUAAAAUGUAGAUUAAUUAUAAAAUUAAGGUUAAUUAUUAAAUUCAUUAGAUUGUGAAAACAAAUAAUUAGGAUUAAAUAGAAUACUUUGUGCUAGUAUAAUUAAACCAUAGACAGCUUGUAGAUGGCAUUUAAAUGAAUGUGUUAAGAUUUUCAGUUAAAAAGAAAUUUCAGAUGUGUCUUGUUAAGAAUUAAUAUAUUCAAAUUCUCAGAGUUGUGCUAUGAUCUCAUUUAAAUUAGAACCUUGUAGAUUUGAAAGUGCCGCUAAGGGGUGCAUUAACUCUGUUAAAAAAAUUAUGAAAUGUGAUACAUUAGGUUUAAAUGCAUUUGCUUGUGCAUAAUUAGAAGAUUAAUGUUACUUUAAUCAGGAUUAAUUAGAAUGCCAGCUCUUGUAAUCUUAAAAUUCGUCUUCAAAUUCUUCUUAAACACCUGAUUCUUAUAAUGAUCAAUCAUUAUAUAGCAGUUUGAACAAUUUAUCAUGUAUUCAAAGUUCUCCUACAUAAAAGAUAUGCAAAUUAAUAUCAAAACCAGGAUAAUUAUGUUAAUGGAAAGAAACACUAGAUAAAUGUGGAGUAGUCAUUGUGAGUAUAAAUUAAAAAUGCACAGAAUUUAAAAAUGUUAAUAGUAACGUUUGUGCAGCUGUAGUAACAGAAAAUCCAGAUUUUAUACCUAAUAAUGAAAUAAAAAAAGUUGGAUAUUGUAAAUUCGAUCCAGCCAAUAGUAUUUGUGUUGUUUUAGAGGGAAAUGAACUUUGUGAAACUAAUUGUUGUACUGAGAGUAAAUUUAAUGGAAUUAAUUAACAUUCUUGUAGUUUUCUAACAAGAAAAUCUAAUUCAUAUUGUUACUUUGAUGUUAAUAGAUGUAAAGAAUUGACAUCAAAUAUGGUUGAUAUCACAGAUGAAAAAGCAGUUAAACAAUUUUUUAAUGCUAAUGAAGUAAAUGGAUUCAUAUGUUCAUAGAUGGGUAAAAGAUCAUGUCAUAUGAUUGAAUGGUCAACUUCAUAAAGAUGUUAUUUUAAUGGAAAUUCAUGUAUUAAUAUCAAUUUUGAGAAUUAUAACAAUUUUAAAAUAUUUACGGAAGAACCUUCAAUUUUAAAUCGUUAUGCUUGUUUGGCAAUUGAAGCAUCCUUAACAAUUUAUAAUAGCGAAAAAUAUUUUGAAUAUGAUCAUGAGAAUCAUCGUUGUAUUAGUAAAGAGUAUUUAAGUUCACCUCCUUAUUAUGCACGUUGUGAAGAUGUUUAAGGAAAUUCUAAUAUAUGCUUAAGAUUUACAGAAAAUAAUAAUUGUAGAUGGGAUAAAAAAUUAUUAAAAUGUGUAACAAUGUCAUAAGCUGAAUUUGAAGAUAUAACAACUUGUGAUUAAAAUUAAAAUAUUAGAGCAUGUAGAGAAAAUAUUCAUGCUCCUUGUUUCUUUUCAUUUGAUUUAGACAAAUGUAUAACUGCUUAUACUAAUGUACCAUUUAAUUACUUUGAUUUUAAAGGAUUGGUAUCAUAAAAAGCAUGUUCAAAAAUUGAAUUCACAAAAAAUUUAUGUGAAUGGUAAAAUUAUAAAUGCAUAUAAUCAAAUAAAAGUUCAACAGAAUGUGAUGUAACUGGAGCAAAUAAAUAUACAUGCUUUAAAAAUACAUCAGGAAAAUGUAGAUGGAGUAAGGAAACAUCAACAUGUUAUCAGAUUGCAACAAUAAAAUAAAUAGGAGAAUUAGGAUGCUUAGAUAAUUUAAAUUCAGUUCUAUGUAGAUUAGUAACAAAGGAACCAUGUAUGUGGGAUGAUUCAAUAUAUGAAUGUGUUAGGUUUAAAUAAAUUCAUCAUACGGAUUUCAUAUCUUUAGAUAAAUAAAAUUUCUAUAAUGCAUUAGCUUGUUUAUAAAUAACAGGAGCAGGAUAUAUAUAUGAUGAAAAAAAUAAUAAAUGCACAUUAAUUGACAAUUCAAACAAUCGAAUGAAAUGUUAAUAAAUGAUAAAUUAAUAUGCUUGUUUAUAUUUAACAAGAGGAUUUAAUUGUGUAUAUGAUACAACUAAAAUGCCUCCAUGCUAAUUAUUCACUGAUGAUUAAUCAGAAUGUACAACAUAUAAUCUAAUAAAUAUAUAAGUUUGCAUGGAUAUUUCUAAAUUAUGUUACUUCUCAAAAUCAAAAUUGUAAUGUUUAGUUGCAGAUAUUCCUUAAUCAUCAACUUGUUCCUAAUUGGGUGAUUAGGUAAAUAAUGGAAUUCAUUAUAAUAAAUUAUCCUGCUCUUCUAUUGAUGAAUCAUUAACAUAAUCCUAUUCUGAAAAUUAAUGUUAUGAGGGUGACGAAAAAAAAUAAUAGUGUAGUUAUGAAUUUAAUUGCGAAUGGCAUAAUUAAUUUUAUGGAUGUAAAGUCAAAUAAUAAUUUAUAUUAUUUUUUGAUAAAGAAAAUACAAUAGAAAAGUCUGUCUUUGAAUACAGAUACAAAAUAGAUAAUUGUACAAAUUAAUGUAACAAAUACAUAACCAAACCAGAAUCAUAUUAAUAAAGUUACAAGGUAACAUUUCCAGGAACUUCAAUUUCUCUACAAUGUGGUAUUAAUAAGACAUGUGAUUAUUAAGAUAAAAUUUGUUAAACAAAUUCUGAUUGUUCAACCAUUUAUAUUAAUCCAAUUUAAAUUAAUGAUGAUGGUACAUUUAAUAAUGGUACAAAAUAGAAUUAAUUAUGCACAAAAAAAUGUUAAAAAAGCGGUGAUAUAGUCUGCAAUCCAUCAGUCUAAACUUACCCAUAAGAAAUUACCAAAGAUCCUAUAAUUCAAACAUAAUCCUGUUUAGGGAGGUGUAAUAAUUCCAAUUCUUAUUGUUCCAAAGAUUUUGAAUGUGGUUUGAACAUCAUUACUGAAUAAGAACAAAGAGGUAAUACAACUGUUCCUGUUGAAAAAGCAUAUCAAAAUAUAUGCAAAAAUUAUGAAUGUACCUAAGGGAAAUCUAACUGUUAAACUAAGAAUGAUUGUCCAGAUUAUGUUUCUAAAAGUUGGGAGUUUUAAUUAGCUCAAUGUUUUAAAAAAACUAUCUACGUAAUAGUUCCUAUUUGUAAAGGAUUCGCUUAUAUUGAAUUAAAAUGCAAAAAUACUUUCUCUAAAGCACUUUGUUUGUAUGGAGUAUUAGAAGAAUGUUUCUUUGAUAUAAAUUAAGGAGGUUGUAUUUAAUUAAAGGGAAAUGAACAUAAAGUACCUAAUUGUUCAUCAAUUUCAAGCAGAUGCAAACCUACAGAAUAAGCAUUAGAAUGUGAUCCAAAUAAACCAAUUUGUAAAAAUAGUACAGAAUGUUAACCUAAUGGUUUCUUAAAUUCUUGUCUAAAGAGUUCUAACUAAAAAGUAAUUUGUAAAGCUGGAUAAUCAAAGAUAUUCCCAGAUGAAAAUUAAUGUUUCUCUUUAUAGAGACAAAUUUAAUAAUGUGAAAAAGUAACUGUAGAUGAAAAUCUUUAAUGUGAUUAGAUGACUGGAGAUGAAUCUCCUGCUUUAUGUGCAUUAGCAAUAGAUUUCUGUCGCUUUGAGUUAGACAGAUGUGUUAGUGAUAAACCAUUAGAUUAACAAAAUUAAUGUAUUUGUGAUUCAAGUUUUAGUAAAUCACUUUGUGAAGAUUGUGGAUGCGUAUUUGAUUUUGUCGGAUAUUGCCAAUAAAAGCCACUUGUUCCCUAAUUAAAUCCUGAUGGAUCAAACAAAUAUUAUUUAUGUUAUGAAGUUAAUUAAUUAAAUAUUUUGGAAAAGGCUAUAAUUUGUACUAUGGUAGAGUAGGCUUGUAAAUUUAAAGAUAAUAAAUGUGAAGAUGCAACUCAUAGUACAUGUGAGUAAUUGAAGCAAUCAUUUACUACUAAGAAGGCAUGCACUCUUUGUUAGGGUGCUAGUACUUAUUACGAUAUUAAUAAUCAUACUUGCUAAUAUAUUCUGCUCAAAAGUGUCUCAUAAUGUUCUCUCUUAAAUAGAGAAGGUUGUUUAUAAAAGACAAAAGAUAUAAUGUGUAAAUGGGAAAAUUAUGAAUGUAAAUAAAUUGAUAAAAUAACAGCAUCAGAUAGUAGAGAGUGUUCAAUAUAUAAUAGAGAAGCUUGUAUUUAAUUUUCAUAUCAUUGUUGGUUUGAUAUAAAUAUUAGUUAUUGUACAGAAUUUGAUCCAUUGUAAGGAGAUUGUAAGUUAUUAUUAAAUAGAGAUCUAUGUAUAUAUUCAUUAAAAUAAUCAUGUUAAUGGGAUUUAAUUAAUAAUAAAUGUAUAAUAGAUAAUUAAGAAAUUACAUAAUGUAAAGGUUUAAAUAAAUUUGGAUGUUUAAAUCAAUCAAUUUUAUAAUGUGUAUGGUCUGAUAGUUAUGAAUGUGAAUAAGCUGAAUUAAAUAAUAAUGUUUAAUCAUGUGAAUCUCCAUUAAAUUAUUCAUAAACAGCAUAUAUAACAAAUUUUAGUAAAAGGGUUUGUUCUUCAAUUAAUAUUAAUUAAAGUUGUUUCUUAGAUAAUUAUUAUUAAUGUAGAAAAAUUAUUAUAACUGAUAAAAUUAAUUGUGAUAGUUAUGGAUUAAAUAGAUUUGGUUGUAUUAAUAGAUCAUUAGGAUAAUGUUAAUUUAUAGAUAAUGAUUAAAAAUGUAUAGAAAAUUUAAAUAAUUAAAUUGGAUGUAUAGAUUCAUUAAAUAAAUGGGCUUGUAUUUCUUAAAAAUAAACAUGUAAAUUUGAUAAUAAUAAAUGUACUUUUCAUUAAGUUAAUACAAUUAAUGAUAUCAUUAAUUCAAAUUCAAAAUUUGCUUAUUCAAAAACAGUUUGUAGUUCUUUAGAUUCAAAUUUAAAAAAUAGUUUAAUUUAUAGUGAAAUAUAAAAUAGAUGUAUUGAUGUAUCAAAUAGAUAACCUUUUAUUGAUAAUUGUUAUAGAUUUACAACAAAUAAGUAUUCUUGUUAAUAAAAGACAUUAUAAACAUGUGAAUAUGAUUUAAUUGAUAAUAAUUGUAUUAAAACAUCUUAAUAAACUUUAAAAACAAUUAAUAAUUGUUUUACUGAAAAAUAUUUGAAUUGGGUUUCUUGUAUUUCUUUACUUUCAAAUUGUAAAUUUAAUGGAGAAAAAUGUUUACCUAUUGAUUUAUAAAUUGAUACUUGUCAAUAUUUAUAUUAAGAAUAAUAUAUAGUAAAAGAUAAAGUUUGUGCAAUUACAAAAGAUCAAAGUUGUAAAUUAAAUGUUAAUACAAAUACAUGUGAAAUUGUAAAAAUAACUGAUAAUUUCUAAUGUUCAACUCCAGGGUUAAAUAAAAAAAGUUGUAUAUUCUAAACCAAAGGUUAUCUUUGUAGAUUUGAAAAUGAUUAAUGUAUUUUUGAUUAUGGAUAUGCAUUAUGCGAAGAUAUGAUUAAUGAAGAAAAAUGUUAUUCAAUUAGAAUUAAAGGAUAAUAUUGUAUAUUUGAUUAAAUAAAAGGUUGUUAGUAAAUUGAUAAUACUUUAAUAGAUUUAAAUAAAUGUAUUCAUUCAUUUAAAACUAAUCCUAUUACUUGUUCAAGAAGUACAGACAUAGCUUGUUUUUAUGAUAUUGAGACAAAAAAGUGUAUUGUGUACAAAAAUCCUGAAGAUAAAAAUUAAACAAUUAAUUAGAAUUAUUUCAUUUAGAACCUAAACUCAUUUAAUUUAUUAGCUUGCUCUCUUAAUAAUAUUGUUAAAUCUGAUUAAAUAAAUACUUAUGGUCAAUUGAAAACUAAAUGGAUAGGUGAAUGCAUAGAAACAUUAAUCUCAGAAGCUACUACAUUAAAAUGCAAUGAUAAAUUAAAUGAGCCUGCAUGUUUAUCAAUAUAGACUCCUUUUUAAUAUUGCAUAUUUUUAGAAAAUUAAUGUUAAUUUUAAGAUCCUUAAAAUUUUAAAUCAUCUUUUUGCAAUACUAUUUAGAAAGUAAAUUCAGGAAUCUUUUGUUAGAUAAAUGAAACUCAAGCCUGCCGUUUUAAUAAUUAAAUGAAAUCAUGCGAAAUUGUUACAUCAUCUACAUCUGUCCAAUGCGUUGAUACUAAACCAGAAUUUAUUGGUUAUAAUAAAAGAGCAUGCGAUUUAAAACCUUAAGAGUGUACUUUUUCAAAUGGGUGUUAUUAAUUAAAAGCAACAUAGAAUAUUAAAUUUUGUAAUGAAUUUUCUGUCGAUGAAUGUAAUAAAGCUAUGAGAGAAGGAUGCAAAAUAGAUUAAAAUAAAUGUUUAUCUAUAAAGUCAAAUGAAUAUUCUCAAUUAGAAUGUAGUUAAGUUGCGAAUCUUAUUGGAUGCUAUAAUAUCACUACAGAAAAACAAUAUUGUCAAUAUAAUGAAUUAAAUAAGAGUUGUUAGUUAAUUAAAUUAGAUAAAACGUCAGGCUUUUGUAAAAGUUUCUCUGCAAUUAAUAGUUAAGUUCCUUGUGAAAAUACUAAUGAUAUACCUUGCAAAUACAAUCCAUUAGAGCAUAAAUGUGAGAAUGCCUAAGGAGAGAUAGAAUUCUAAUGCAUAAGAGGUUUAAAUUAAAUUGCUUGUUUGACUCUUACUUAAUAAUCUUUAUAAUGUCAAUUCUAUAAUUACUGUUAUGGACCGAAUUAUAAUAUUCUUAAUUGUGACCCUACAAAAAUUAAAGAUUGUUGUUAAUUAGCAAUUACAAUUGAAAGUUGUUUAUUUUAGGAUUAGUUUUAAUGUUAAUGGUUGAAUGAAGAAUGUAAAUAAUAUUCAGAAUAAAAUUAAAAAUGUUUAUCUCUAAUAUAUGUUUCAAGAAAAGUGUGUUAUAAUAUUAAGGAUUCUUUUUGUAUUUUCAAUUUGGAUAAAUUAGGAUGUAUAGACAUAGAACCAGAUAAUUGUGAAUAAGUCUAAACAAAAGAAUAAUGUAUUUAAUUUAUUAAUUUGCCAUGCUAUUGGGAUUUUAUCAAAGACUAAUGUUUAUAAAAAUUAAUGAAUCCAAACGAUGGAUGUUAAGAUAUUUAAGACUAAUGGGGUAGUGAAAGAUCAUGCUUGGAUGUUGAAAAAUAAGGUGAAAUGUGUAUAUUUUAAAAUAAAUGUUCUGCUUAUUUGCAAUCGAAAGACAUAGGUUGCUCAUAAAAAUUAAAUAAAUAAUCUUGUUUAUAAUAAGUAUUAAAUGAAUGCAUUUGGGAUUAAAAAUAAAAAUAAAUCUGUCUUGAAUUCAAUAAGCAAUCCAAUUAAUAAUGUGACUCUAAUCUUAGUUAUCUUGCUUGUUUGAGUGUUAGAACAUCUAAUACAUUUUGUUAAUGGAAAGACAAGGAAUGCAAAAAUGUUGAAAAUAAUUAGAUUAUUUCUUUAUCAUCUUUUUCAUAAGUAAACUGUAAUACAUGUAGAUUAAUAAAUGAUGUUUCUAGUGUAAUAUGUGAUACUUAGAAUUUUAAAUGCUUAAAAGUACAUAAUCUAAGGAAUCUUACUUGUGAUGUUAUUGGAAUGAAUAAAUAAGCUUGUUUAAAUAUAAAAGAUUAUCCUUGUAAAUGGGAUGAUAUAAACAAAAUAUGUUUAAAAUAUGAAUCAUCAGAUAUUAGUUGUUAAAUCAAAAAUACUAAUCCUUUAACAUGUUCAAUAAUAAAUUUAUCUUUACCUUGUGGAUCAAAAGGAAGUAAUUGUGAUUAUGUUGAUAUAACAAAGAUUUCUUGUGAUUAUCCAGGAUUAAAUGAAUAUGGAUGUCUAUAAAUUACAAAUUAUCCUUGUGGAUGGGUUUAUGAUAAUUUUAUAUAAUAAUACUAAUGCAAAUUAAUCAAAAAUUUUGAUGCAUGUUUAGGAUAUAAUCAUUAGGUUAAUGCAUUGGUAUGUACUUAAAUUAUGGAUGUUCCUUGCUUUUAUAAUUCUAGUAUUAGAAAUUGUAUUGUAUUUAAAGUAUCAGAAGACAAUCGUUGUAAUUAAUUAGGAAUUAAUAGUAUUGGAUGUUCAAAUAUUGAUGAUUGUGUUUAUAUAAACGGAAGAUGUGAGAAAUAUGAUAAAAAAAUGAAUUUAAAAUGUGAAGAUGCUCUAUUUUCAAAUGAUAAAGUUUGUUCAUAAAUAGAAACGGAUAGAUGUAAAUAUAACAUUUUAGGAAAUGGUUGUAUACCAUCAGAAUUAUAAGAUAUCUGCUCAACCAAAUAGAUCAAUGAAAUUGGGUGCAAUGAUUUGAUAGAUUGUUAAUGGAAUUAUUCUAAAUGCUAAUGUAAGGCUUUGCGAAAUAAGUAUCCAGACUGCCCUUCUGUCACUGAAUCGAUAAAAUGUUAAAAUUUAAAUUAUUGCUAUAUUGCUACUUCUAAUCCUUAAUAUGCUGAUGAGAUUAAUUAAUAGUUAAUAGAUUAAAAUUUAAUAAAGUGCUUAAAAAAGACAUGCGAUUUUUAUUCAAUAGAUUAAUGUGAUGGUUAAAUAAUAGAUACUGAUAUUUGUUAUUUAACCUCUAAUAAAGAGUGUAAAUUAGCAAAAACAUGUGAUGAAAUAGUGGAUCCGUAUAAUGAUUGUUCCAAUUAUAAUCUAAAAAAUUAAUACUGUUUCAGAAAGUUAGAUAGUAAGAAUUGUUUUGCUUCACCAGAUUGUUAAACUUUAGAUUUUAUUAAAUGUUAAUAAUAUCCAGAAGAUUGUAUUUUUGAGUCAACAUGUAAAACUAUAGAAUGUUAAUAUUUUAAUACAUAAAGGAAAUGUGAAGAAAAAAAAUGUGAAUGGAUUCAAUAAAAUAAAAGUUGUAUCAACUCAAAUUUUUGCACUUCACAAAGUAACGAAAAUUGUAUGAACGUUAAACAAAAUGGGAAAUAAUGUGCUUUAAUAGGGAGAGAUGGAGAGGACUAAUUUUGUUCAGAUAUUGGAUGCAGAUAUCUCUUAAUAGAGUAUUCUCUAUGUAAUGGAGCUGAAAUAGGUGAUGAAGUAUGUGUUCCAUUAUCAGAUUCAAGUUGUGUAAGUUGCCAAGAAAUUAACGAUCCUUGUAUUUGUUUAGCACAUUAAGAUUCUUGUGAAUAUGAUAGAUUUCAUAAUAUUUGUAAGUCUAUUUAAUGCGAAAGUUUUAAUAAAGAAACUUGUCCCUUUUCUAGAUGUUAAUUUAAUUAAUAGAAUUAGGUAUUUUAUUGACUUUAUUUCCUAGAUAUGUAUUCCAUUUUGUUAAAAUAAUUAUAAUCGUAAGCAAUGUCACAAUUAUUUAUUUAGCUGUAUCUGGGAUACGGAGAAGUAGAUAUGUACUUAAUAAAACAAAACCAAUGUUUAAGGAGAGUCUCCAAUAAAUAUUAUUAUCACUAAUAUCUAUGGAUUAGUCUUACGAAUAAUAAUACCAAUUCUUAUAAUUGAGUUUUGA